AGUAAUGCAACCAAAACUGGUUAGACAACUAUGUAGUAUAAAAUUUGCUUACAAAAGUAUAAAAAGUUUACAAACCCUUUAGUUUGUUUUUUACGAUGAACACAAAAAGUAUUGGGAUUUAUGCGGCUCUGAUCUUGGCUUUAAUCAGUUUGGUUGAGUCACGUCAUCCCUUUGACUUUUUUGAUGAGAGCCUCGAAGAUUUUGACGAGUGCCUAAGACUGAAUAAUAUUUCAGAAGAAGAAUACGUCAACUUUGAGCGUUUUGAAAACCUACAAAAUGUCCUCAAAGAAAACGUUGGUCUGAAGUUCAAAUGUAACAUCAAGUGUCAGCUGGAAAGACAACCCAAGAAAUGGCUCAAUAAUGAAGGCAAAAUGGAUCUGCAACUAAUGAAUGCCACUGAAGAAGCUGCAGCUGUAAUCCUAAAAUGCAUGGAAGGUGCCCCGGAAGAAUCCUGUUCUUAUGCCUUCAAAUUAGUCAUUUGUGCCUCUCGAGCCGAUCAUCCGAUUCUUAAUUUCGAAGAUAUAGCCACUGCAGAUCUGGCUAUUGGAUGGGAUGAGGAGGAAGUCCAACUAGAAGAUGACGAUGAGGACGAUGAUGAUGUAAUCGAUUACGAAAGCACCACCUUGUCAUCGUAGCCAAUAAAUUUUAAUUAUCGAUGCAUCUACAAAAAAAAACUACGAAAUACAGUAAUUAAUAAGCUCGGGUGAAUUUGUGGGCUGAUUUGCAUAAUUAAAUGGAAUUGCAAGAGGCGAACCACCGGGGCGUUUGAAUCAAAUCAAACUGAUUCGCAUGGAAUCGAAUUAAUUGGAUCGACCGACCCAGCAGGUAAACACAUACCGAAUAUAAAUUGUAUGUACUGUGUGUGUAACUAUA